ACAAGCAAUCUGUGAUCAGAGAUGGCGGGCGCCUCCGACCCCCUGGAAGAUAUGCUCUUUUCAGAGGUGGAUGAAAAAGCUGUGAGCGACCUGGUGGGCUCUUUGGAGUCCCAGCUCGCUGGCCAAAGCAACCCAGCGGGUAAAGCAGACGACAGCAGAGGUGCUGGCUCCGUGACCACCGCUAAUCAUCACUUAGGAAAAACGCUACCAGCUCCAGUGGGUACCACAACACUAGAACAACAACAACAAGGACGGCGUAAUAAUAAAGCUGAGAUGCGCCAGGAGACCAACUCUAAAGAAAUCAGCUCAGAUAAAACUGUCACAUCUCUUUCCCCGGGCUGUACUCCGUCCUUUGCCGACGCUUCCAGCACUUCGGUCGCCGGUGUUAACGCCAAUACCAGCGGUUUACAACACACACAUGGAGCAUCCAUCACAACACUGACCGCAUCUGGUGUGUCAACUUUGGCAUCUUCGCCCUCCAGCAUCAGCAUCAGCACCGCCGUCGCCGCCGUCCGGGGGUCUAAGGUUACCCCGGGCUCAGGUGAGGCGUCGGCAGAAGCCAAUCCGCCGAGAAAACGCAUCAGCACGCCGCGACGAAGUGCUUCAGCCCGGAUAAAGAGUUUGAACGGCGGAUCUGUAACGACGAGGAGGAAUAGCAGCAGCGCGGCGGUGACCGACAGCGUUAGCUCCGUGGAUAGCAGUGCAACUAUACCAAACUCCACUCGAGCGGUGACAUCCUCUAUUAACACCACGACUUUCACCUUAUCCAACGCCAGUAUAUCUGCAGGUCAAUCGGCAAUUGCGCUAGACCGGGGGACUCCUACCAUUGCAUUGCACAGACUCCCAAAUCACAUUGUAGCGAGCAUAGCCCAGAACGGAAACGGGACCACUGUCUCGGCCUUGGUCCAGCAGGGCGCUCGGAUAGGACCCAUCACCUCCACGGCUUCACAGGUCAACCACAGCAAGGCGAUCACAAACACUGGGGCUUCCAAAACAGACGAUUCUCACUCCAAAACUGUAAUGUCAGGCCAGUCUGGUAAUAUCAAUUCUGUAAUAAAUACUGUUUCCUCCACGUCUUCUGUUGUCAUAUCACCCCCACCACCACCAAUAACAACAACAGCAGCAACAACGACAACAUCAGAAGCAGCAGCAUUAGCAGCAGCAGCAGCAACAACAACCCAGCCUCAGAGCUCUGCCACAGCUGCUUGUGUCACAGGGGUGGCAACCACGUCUGUAUGUGUAACUGCUCAAACUACAUCUGUGACUACAGCUGCUGGCAUGGUCAGGCCUGCAGCGCCCUCUCCAACACCUGCUGUGGCCACGUCCGCCCAGUCCCAACCCCGUCCCGGACUCUCAGCGCCUCAAAGGAUUGUAGCCCCUCAGUUGAUUGUCAGACCACCUCAGCAGCAGACAACCAUUCAGCUGCCCCCGGGGUUUACCAUCCCACAGGGGAUGGUGUUGGUACGUACGGAGCUGGGCCAGCUGGUGAUGGUUCCUCAGCAGGCUUUGGCUCAGGCUCAGGCUCAGGCUCAGGCCCAGAACAACAUCUCCCCGCGACCUGCCACCCCCACCACAGGAGCCACCUUUAGAGUGACAACCCCACAGUCUCCCGUGACCUCUCAGACCACCAGGCAGUGUCCUUUGACCCCGGCCAAGAUGAAGGGCCCUGUAGCACCAGCCGUGGCCGUGACGGCGCCGCAGCAGGCCCCUGUGGUUAUGGCCCCCCAGGCCCAAGCACAGGCCCAGGCUGCCUCCCAGCCAGUGCAGCCAGUGCAGCCCUCGCAAACGACCAUCGCCGCGGCCCCUGGAGCUCCUGUCGUCUCCCAGGAAAUGCAGGAGAACGUGAAGAAAUGUAAGAACUUCCUGGCCACACUGAUCAAGCUGGCAUCCCAUAAUUCUCCUUCCCCUGAGACUUCCAAGAAUGUCAAGGCCUUGGUACAGGACCUGCUGGAUGCCAAGAUCGAACCAGAGGAGUUCACCAGCCGGCUGCAGUCUGAGCUCAAGUCCUCUCCUCAGCCUUACCUGGUGCCCUUCCUCAAGAAGAGCCUCCCGGCCCUGAGGCUGUCUUUGCUCAACAGUCAGCAGUCCCUGACCCAGCCCCCACAGCAGGGAGUCAAACCGGUGCCCAGCGGCACCCCUCCUGCCAUCGUGCCUGGGCCAACUGUCCGUGUACGCCACCCCAACAGCGUCAGCACCACCACGGGUGCCAGCCCACUGCCCGCUGGGACUCUCGGACAUGCAGCUGCUAUGGGUAUCAAAAGAGCGGGUGCUGCUGGCGGCCAAGUCCGGAUGCCCGUCGUGAUCACGCAGUCUGUCAGAGCUCAGGGCAUGGUAGGGAAGGGAGCUGCCAUCCAAGCAGGCAAAAGUCCCGUGGGCCUGGCUGUUCAGAUCUCUGGGAAUCAGAAAAACAAGCUCAACGACCCCGGAGGCGGCUCUUUCAGGGACGAUGACGACAUCAAUGACGUUGCCUCCAUGGCCGGGGUGAACCUGAAUGAGGAGAGCGCCCGAAUCCUGGCCACUAACUCAGAGCUGGUGGGAACGCAGAUCCGCUCCUGUAAAGACGAGGCCUUUCUCCACCCAGGCCUACUACACAGACGCAUUCUGGAAACAGCUAAGAAGUUUGGAGUCACAGAGGUCCCCAUGGAGGCUGUGACGUUCAUCUCUCACGCCACACAAUCACGGCUACGCACUGUAGUGGAAAAGGUUUCUACCAUCGCACAGCACCGACUUGACUCCUGUAAGGAUGAUGAGUGCUAUGAGCAGUCUGCAGACGUUCGCUCGCAGCUUCGCUUCUUUGAGCAGCUGGAGAGAAUUGAGAAGCAGAGGAAGGACGAGCAAGAGCGAGAGAUCCUGUUGAAAGCCGCUAAAAGUCGCUCCAGGCAAGAGGACCCAGAGCAAGCUCGACUGAAACAGAAAGCUAAGGAGAUGCAACAACAGGAACUUGCCCAGAUGAGACAGCGAGAUGCCAACCUCACAGCGUUAGCUGCCAUCGGACCCCGCAAAAAACGCAAGAUGGAUUCACCGGGGGCCACCCCAUCAGGGACCGAGGUUUCAGGCAGCACGGCAAGCUCCCCGGCCAGCUCCUCUGCCCCGUCCACCUCGUCACGCCAGUACGCCCGGCAACGCAUCACCCGCGUCAACCUCAGGGACUUCAUUUUCUACAUGGAGCAGGAGAGAGAGACCGCCCACUCCCUCCUCCUUUACCGUGCCCUGCUCAAGUAGCUUCUGCCCCUCUCGGCGCCCACCUCAGCCGCCUCUUCCUUUUUUUUCCUCCUCCUCCUUCUCCUCCUCUUCCUCCUCCUUCCCAGUCACGUGCCUUCAGAUCGGGUCAAAUGUUUCAACUCUGUGUCUUCAUAUGUACUGUAGUGACGUUUGAUGUAGCUUUUGAUAAGAAGAAAGAAGGAGAGAAAACUCAAAAACAAAAAGAAACGUAUUGUUCCGUGUCUUCUCUGUUUUAGCUUCACGGUAAGCAUAUGUAGUUAGAUCAUCCAAUUUAAAGGCCAUGCCAGAUUCCUUGUAUUGUAGUGGGAUUUCUUAAACGAAGGAACAGUGUGUUUUUUGUGUCGAAGGACUUGACCCAGUACUCGUUCCAUGUCUGUUGGGUAGCUGUGUAUUUUGACGUUCUUGGCCGUAGCUUGAAUGAACCACCUGAAAGCGAGGAUUGUUUUGGUAACAAGACUCCUCUUCACACCUCGAUACAGCCUACGAUGUUCUCCACAAGCUAUUUGUUGAACAAAGUUCAAUGAAUGUAGUUGAGCUAAACUCAGUAAAUGAGAGACUUCACAGAUUUCUAUACUGCAGCAUAAUUUUGAAACAUUUCAGAUUCCAAAUAACAGCAUCACAUCCAGUUCCCUUACUAUGAGUGUAAAUAGUUGUUUUUGAAUUCUUUUAAACAGCAUGUAUUAUAUUUUUAUCAUAUGUAAGCUUUGUAAGAAAAAGAUAACCCAUGUGUCAAUAUUAUGAGACCUGAAAUUUUGUAAAAUCAUGUGCUUCGAAUUAGUUAAAAUGAGAUAUUUUAUUCACUUCACAUGUAGACAUUUUUAAGGCAAGGCAGACUCCCUCUGAACCUCCUGCAAAGGCCAUUAAACAAAAACAUCCUCACUAAGGCAACUUUCAUCAGAUAUGUCUGAUUCUGAUUGGUCACCCCUAAAGAGCGAGACUCACACUGACUAUGCUCUUUCUUCAUACAAAUGAGCAGAACUUUUUUUUUUUUUUUUUUUUUUUUAAGCCCAUCUGAUUUUUUUUAGGCUGUGUGUCACACAUACCCGCUUUCCAGUCAUUUUGAUGUCAGGGACCAGACCCCAAAACAUAAUCCUCUUUAAAGAUUUUUUGUGAGGGAUCCCCAUCUAAUUGUUCAGUCAUUUUUGGUUCAGAAUCAUUCAUACUGUAGGUGGGGUGAAACCUCCUGAUCAAAAUAAACAUUCCUUAAUCAUAUGAAUGAAAUUUAAGUGAAAUGAAGUAUUCUUAAUUGACUGGGGGGACUCCCUGCAGCCCCACCAAGACCCCUGGUACCCCACUUUACUGAACAAUGAACCAGGAGGGUGAUCUAUGAAGCAGUCUGUUGUGCGGCGCUCUGCUUCACUUGUGUUUUGAUCCAAUAGACACUAACAUAUCACACCUGUAAGGUAAGCAGGCCAGCUGUGGAGGUUGACAGUUGUAUGAGGAAGCAGUCAGUUGUAUGAUUGUAGUCCAAAAUCAGUGUAAUUUCUUUCCUCUUUUCCCUGUUUUGUUUCUGUCUCUGUAUCACUGCUUGUAGAGAGGUAUGGGACUGAAUGCCUGUCUUCUUCGGUGUCACCCUGCAUCGGCGCAGAUUUGCAAGGCGUUGGUGUCAUCGCCUUUUUCCAAUCCUUUCAAUGGCCUUUGUGUUUGGUUUUGAGUUUUUGUUUGUUUGUUUUUUUGUUUUCUCUACUAAAUAACUUGGCCUCUAUGCAGCUUGUCUUGUUGUAUUGUAAUUUAUUUAAAUAUGGGUAAUAUUUGAAACAAUUGUUGUGCAUUAUGAAUUUUUGACAGCACUUUUUUUAUAUCUAUUUUACCUGACAACUGAAAGCUGUCACUAAUGUAUUAUAGCAAAGAUGAGUCUGUCUCUUUUGAUCAUCAAACAGUAUUGCCAAUUGCUGUCAAAAAGACUUAUUUUUAACAAUUAAUAUAUUUUUGUUUUUUGUUUUUGUUUUUUUUUUGUUUCUUUUUUGUUUUGUUUUUCUGAUUGGCAUUUAUGCUUAACACAUUUCAGGCAAAUUCAUUUUAUUUCAAAGUACCAUGUUUAAA